AUGAAGCUCCCCCGGGGUACGGGGUCGGAAUCUAAGCGGGUGAGUGAUAAGCUGAGGGGGUUUAUCCCUGAAAAAACAGAAGCAUGGAAUUUUUUAGUAAUGCGUUUUAGCUCGGGUAUUACCCAGAGCGAACUUAGAAGUAUUGCAAAUGUAGUAUGUUUAAAGUGUAACCUAAAACUUGAACGAGAUGCCUCACGCGAUCGUCGUAUCCUGAUCAAAUGGUUCCAUGAUAAUUGGAAUUGCAUUCACGAUACUGUUUCUAAAAUACAACUUCUUGAUGAAAACGAAAAGCCAAUUAAUUUGGCCCGAGAGGUCUACGAGUUCAAUGGUUAG